UAAUCGAUAAAAUUCAACCUCAAUAAAAAUAUGGCAGUUAGCUCCACUUUGUAUCCAUGGAACAAAUGGAACAUCCGAGGUUUCGUUCUAUUAAGUCUCUUGCUUCAAAUCAUUCUCAUUCUAUUUGCACCCCUUAGAAAGAAAACAAAAAACAAUCAUAUCGUUUUCCUCUUGUGGUUAGCCUAUUUGAUAGCCGAUUCAGUAGUUGUAUUUGGGAUCGGGCUUAUCUCUCACAAUGAAGGCAGUUCAUGCGCUCAUGUAGCUGAAGUAGAUAGAGCACUUCGGGCAUUUUGGGCCUCAUUUCUCUUGUUACAUCUCGGCGGUCCGGACACCAUCACUGCAUUUUCUCUCGAGGACAGUUCGCUUUGGCGACGGCACUUGCUCAAUCUCACCUUCCAGGUGGAGAGGACACUAGCACUUAAUCUCUCAAGCCUCCCAAGGCUUAGGGAACGGGUGCUCUCACAGGAUGUGGCUCUUGAUGAUGAAAGUAUCUUUGACGAUGAAGAUAUCGUUGCCGAACUGGAUGGAUAUUCUCAUGGUGAAGAAGAAGCAAAGCUUCCCGAGAGCAUUGUAGUGAAACAUGCUUAUUACUUCUUUCAAAUCUCUAAACUCUUCCUCACAGAUCUCAUCUUCACAUAUAGACAACGUUAUAUAAGCAGAAGAUAUUUUCGCAGCGUGUCUGCGGUGGAUGCGUUGAGGGUAAUAUCAGUCAAACUCCAUUUCAUUUAUGAGGUGCUCCACACAAAAGCAUUGACAAUACGUUCCAAGUGGAGCUAUGUUUUCCGCUUCAUAGCCUUCAUUGACGUUGUGAUGGCUUUUGUCUUCUUCAAUCGCUUGAAAAAGCAUCAGCUCCCUAAACUCGAUGUGAAAAUUACGUAUUUACUUCUUUUUGGAGGGAUUGCUCUUGAUGUGAUCGCAGUGCUCAUGCUCGUUUUCUCUGACUGGACUGUUGCCAAAAUCCAGUGGCACAAAACAGGAUCAUCUAAACUAAAUUCAUUUCUCUACCGCCUACUAUCCACUGCAGAUGACCUACGGAAGCCCCGAUUCGCCAAAUGUGAAGCAGAGCCUGACAACAAGGUUACUUAUGCGGUCUUAGAUACUCCAUUAUUAAUUCGAAGGUGGUCAGAAUCUAUUUGUGCUUGCAACCUUUUAUCUGAGAGUUUAAAGAAGAGUCCGCGGAAGAUGUAUAAGCACGGCUGGCAAUGGGGAAACAUCGCCUUUUCUAAUAUCUGCAGCUUUCCAUUUUAUAUGGCUGAUAAAACCAUCUCUUGUUUCCAUCAAGCUGUUAUUUCAAUCGCUGGAGGCUGUGGUCUGAUGACAAUGGAUGGAAAAAGAUCGGUGAUUGCGAAUAUGAGGUACGUCUCAACGAAUCCAUUUAUUUUGAAGUUAUGGAUUUUUAUCUUUGAGGAGCUGAGACGUAAAUCCAUCUACACACUUGAUCCGGAUUGGAGUCCGGAGAUCGGUUGGAGUGAGAGAGAUUGGACGACGGUGAAUAAAAAUCUUUGGAUUUACCGACAUAAUGAGCUGGAAAUUGAUGACUGGGGGGAGGUAGAAAGGACGAAGGAGAUAUAUGAGGCUAGAGGUAAUUGGUUUCUCAGGAUUCUCCAGAGUGAGGCCCGUCUUCGUAGCCUCAAUGAUUGUGACACGGAGGGCAUACACGAGGCUACAGAUAAUGAGUUUCCCCAGAAUAACCAGAAUAUCCGUGGGAGGAUAACUAUGCCUAGUGUCACCGAUGUUAAUUACUACGAGAGUGUUAUAUUGUGGCACCUUGCUACCGAAAUCUGGUAUAACAGAGAGGAUCCCACACCCGGAAAUGACGAAAGAAAUGAUAAAAGGGAAUUCAGCAAGAUUCUCUCCGAUUAUAUGUGUUAUCUUUUAUUUAAUCAGCCUAAUUUGGUGUAUGCUGUGGCCGGCAUUGCCCAAAUUAGAUUGCCAGAUAUAUUGCGGAUUCUACGGAGGGACUUCCGUCCCAACAAUGUGAAGGGCUUAUGCAGGAGAAUUUUUUCAUAUGUCCCAGAUCUCGCUUAUACGGGCGCUGAAGUAAAGGUGGGUUACUUGAUCUCCGGUGGGGCCAAAUUGGCCAGAGAAUUAGAAGAGUUCGGGGAAGGGAAGUGGGAGGUGAUGAGCGGAGUGUGGGUGGAGAUGCUGUCAUAUGCGGCAGGUCAUAUUAAGGGAGAGGCACAUGCGCAGGUGCUGAGUAAAGGUGGAGAGCUUCUAACCUUUGUUUGGUUGUUAAUGACUCAUUUUGGUUUGUUUCACAGACCUGAAUGGGCCCCGUAUUAUAUUUUGCGAAUGUGUUGAUUCACUAUCAUGAUGGUGAAUCAUUAAUCUUCUAAAUCCCAAGCCUUCACUAGUGAAUUUUAUCAUUCCGUGCGAUAUUAUUAAUUCCCUCCAUUUGUAUUUCUUAUAUCUUUAACGAAUAAAA